UUUGCAUUUUUGUUAGUUUUAAUUAUUUAAGGUAUUGAUUAAUCUUCACUACUAAAUUAAAAUGGCAUCGAAUGGCAGCGAAUUUGAACCGCUAGAUGAGGAAAUACGAGAACUUUUACAAAAUUAUAAAUUUAAAAAAGCGACCGUUUACGAGCCAUGUACGAACACAAACAUCAAGGAAUGCUUAAUUGGACUAACUGAGGAGUUAGAACUUUUAAAUAUUAGUUAUGUAUUUAACCCAUAUUUCGACAUCACUACGACACUACAUCCUGAGGCACUUGUGAAGCUUGUUAAUGUUGUUUGGACACUAUUGCAUUACCAUAAAACGACCGCGGAGAAGGCUGACAGAUUAGUUGAAGAAAACCAUGUACUAGAACACCUGAAUAAGCAGUUAAAUAGCACUGUUGACAAACUAAAUCAAAAAGUAAAUACUGAAAAACAUGAGGCCAAAACAUGUACGGCAGCUGCUCGCAGGGUCUCCGAUCAUUCAGAUGAAAUUAUUCACAGUUUGGCUGAAACAAAAGCAAGAUUGGCACAAGUUAAUAAGCAAAAGGAUACUAUGGAAAAUAGUUUGCGACAUGAAAUCAUCCGACUAAAAAUGGAAAAUGAAAAGUUAUUAGACAGGCUGAGGAAUAAAACUGGCUUCACAUCUUGCAGUGACGUGUGUGACUCUACAGUAAUGCAGUUGAAAGAACGAGACAGGAGGCAGCAAGCAUUGAUUAGCAAACUACAGUGCAACAUUCAGAACCUGAUCAAAGAGGUUGUGGCAAUGAAGGAAAAAAUUAUUAUUCUUGGAAUUGAAUAAUAUUGUACUCCAUUACCUAAUCAAGUUUCAUACUAAUCAUUCAAUCUUACCUGUGGUCAGUAUUUUAGUUAUAAAGUUUUGAUAUA